AUGGUUACUUUUACCACUGACUAUUGGGCUCCCGCUCUAGACAGCAAGGCCCGUCGUCGUAUACCUGAAACAGCAGGAACUAAACCGAUCCCCAUAAGAAAUAAUAGUUUACCAGUAGUCGAUGGAACCGAUCCAAAACAAACUCCUUUUUCCCCUAAGCAUUUGACAAGCUCUUCGUCUACACCCGCUUCUUCUUCAUCUAAUGUUAGCAGCAAAGGUUUAUUAAAGGAUUUGGAUAAUUCUUCAAAACCUGCUGCUGAGCCAAAAAAGAUUACUAUUGUCAAAAGUAUAAAGAAUCUUUUAAAUGCAGAGCACAAGAUUUCCGAAAAUUCCCCUCCAAGUACUCCUGUCGUAGAAGAAUCUGAACUCGAAUUUAAUAACUCUCCCAAGAUAUCAAUGUUAAAAGAGAUUCUCAAUCCUAAAUUGGACCUCCACGAGCAGUUUAAGGGCAUUGAACUGUAUGUUGAUAGUGAAAGUUAUAAAGUAGAUCCGGAAUGCAUGCUGUUUAAGAAGUACGGAGUAUGCGAAAAAGGUUGUAUUGGCAAAGGCGCAACAGCUAUAGUUCGUCUUGUUCAUAAAAAUGAUCAGACGGAUACUGAAGCAACCUAUGCCGUUAAGAAAUUAACUAGUGAAUUCUGUAUAAGUUCUUCUCUUCAACACGUGAAUGUUGUUAAAACUGUGGACUUGGUGCAGGACGAGAAUCACAAUUGGUGCGAGAUAAUGGAAUAUUGCGUUGGUGGUGACUUAUAUGCAGCCAUAAAGUCUGGUUUUAUGACUUCGGUAGAGAUAAAUUGCUGUUUCAAACAACUUAUCAUGGGUGUUGGUUAUCUUCAUUCCACAGGUGUCGCUCACAGGGAUAUAAAACCAGAAAACUUGUUGCUCAGUGAAAAGGGACAUUUGAAAAUCACUGACUUUGGUGUUUCAGACGUCUUCAAGACAUGUUGGGAAGGGGUAGUUCACAUGUCCAAAGGUCUUUGUGGUUCUGAGCCAUAUAUUGCCCCAGAACAAUUUGAGACCAAAGAAUACGAUGCGCGACUUGUUGAUGUUUGGGCGUGUGGCAUUGUUUAUUAUUGCAUGAUUUAUCAAGGCAUUCCAUUCAGGAUGGCGACUCCCAACGAUCCAAAUUAUGCAAAUUAUUUGGAAACUAGAAAUAUUGGCUUAUACGAGUCAUUCGAAAAACUUCCUCGUGGUUGUCGAGAUUUAAUGUAUAAAAUUCUUGAACCUAAUCCACAGAAACGUUACACGAUAGAACAAAUCAAAAAUGAUUCAUGGUUCCAAACAAUUGAAUGUUGCACGGAAACAGAGAAUCUCCCUCAUAAACACAAUCAUGUCCCCCCGGAAUAUUUAAAGGAAAUCCAAGCAAACAAUGCUAGUGAAAAAA